CUUCCCUUCCUGAUGCAGUGUGGUCAGUGCAGAUCUCAGAACGUGUAAACCUGGGGACACCAGAUCCGUCACUUUACACCUCACCUCUCUUUCCCCCACUCCAGACCCUCAGAUCCUCACCUACCUGAGUUCUGCAGACCUGUGGGGGCCUCUGGUAAGGAGAUGCUGGCAGAGUGGGGGGCUGGCCUCCUGCUGGCAGUGGCACUGCUGGGCCCAGGGCCCUGGACCCAAGCCAUGGAAGGUGUCAAAUGUGGGGGUGUGCUCUCAGCACCUUCCGGAAACUUCUCCAGCCCCAACUUCCCUAGACUGUACCCCUACAACACAGAGUGCAGCUGGCUGAUCGUGGUAGCCGAGGGAUCCUCCGUGCUGCUCACCUUCCAUGCCUUUGACCUGGAGUACCAUGACACCUGCAGCUUCGACUUCCUGGAGAUCUACAACGGGGCCUCAGCAGACAAGGGCAACCUGCUGGGGAGGUUCUGCGGCCAGGUGCCCCCGCCGCCCUUCACCUCCUCCUGGCAUGUCAUGUCUGUCAUCUUCCACUCAGACAAGCACGUGGCCAGCCAUGGCUUUUCCGCGGGCUACCAGAAAGAUGUGUGUGGCGGCGUCCUGACCGGCCUGUCGGGGGUCCUCACCAGCCCUGAGUACCCCAACAACUACCCCAACAGCAUGGAGUGCCACUGGGUGAUCCGGGCUGCUGGCCCUGCCAGCGUCAAGCUGGUGUUCGUGGACUUCCAGGUGGAGGGCAACGAGGAGUGCACCUAUGACUACGUGGCUGUGCUUGGGGGGCCUGGCCCCACCCGUGGGCACCACUACUGUGGCAGCACCAGGCCCCCCACGCUCGUGUCUCUGGGCCACGAGCUGCAGGUGGUCUUCAAGUCCGACUUCAACAUCGGAGGCCGUGGCUUCAAGGCCUACUACUUCUCAGGAGAAUGCCAGGAGGUGUACAUGGCCAUGCGGGGCAACUUCUCCAGCCCACAGUACCCUAGCUCCUACCCCAACAACAUCCACUGCCACUGGACCAUCCGCCUGCCCCCGGGCCACCGAGUCAAGGUAUUCUUCCUGGACCUGGACCUGGAGGAGCCCAACAGCCUGACCAAGACCUGUGACUUCGACCAUCUGGCAGCCUUCGAUGGGGCCAGUGAGGAGGCACCCCUGCUGGGGAAUUGGUGUGGACACCGCCUGCCACCACCCAUCACCUCAAGCCACAACCAGCUUCUGAUUCUGCUGCACACGGACCGCAGCACCACCCGCAGGGGCUUCUCCAUGGCCUACAUUGGAGUGGUUCCCAUGAACGUGAGCUGCUCCCGCACGGACUUCCAGAUCCUGAUCGCCACACAGGCACUGGCCCCGCUGGAGCGGACCAAGGUCUACCUGGGCAGCCGGAGCUGUGCUGCCCAGGAGGUGGGCGGCAACUUCAGGAUCCAGGCCCGCUUUGACACCUGCGGCACGGAGUCUCAGAGAAGAAACAACACUUCAGUGAUUGUCAGCGUGUUGUACAUCGACUUCUCGGCCGCGGGGCAGGAGGACAUCCAUGAAUACGAGGUCCGCUGUGAGCCGCGGCGCAAAGAAGCUUCCGUCCACCUGCUGUCCGGCUCUCACUGGCUGGGGCCCUAUGCUGCCACUGCAGAGCACCUUCAGGAAGCACCCCCCGGGGACGAGGCGGAGGCACUGGAGGGCCCAGUGACCAUGGUGGCCCAGGAUACCAGUGACAUCGUCUUCCUGGGUCUUUGCAUCCUGGCUGGAAUCCUCAUGGUUAUUGCCAUCGUGGUCCUGAUGCUGCUUUGAAUAAACAGAAUAGGGGCCUGGCAUCUGACAUGCCUGGGAGGCAGCUUAGGGACCCAUAACAGGGGUGGGACGGGGACUUGCUGACUUGGUGACCACGGGCAGGUCAUGUCCCUCUCUGAGCCUCCGUUUCCUGGGACAACCAUUCUGCCCUGCUCCCUCACAGGGCUGGCAUGAGGCUCAGAGGAGGGCAGAGAUGGAGACGAGCCUUGUAAUCUGUAGCAUGCUUUGUGUGUAAAUGCAAUUGCUCUUAUUAAUUUUAAAGAUAUUCUGCUGUAGAAAA